GGUGUGUAGGCCGAAAGGCUGAGUUGUGGUAGGAGAUCUCCGAGGUGAUAUGUGUGACGACGCAUUGUGUGUGUAUUGAUGAUUCGUGUUGUAAAACCGACAGGAUGUUUAUUGGUGAAUUGUGGAUGAUUGUAAUUGUUGUUAUCGCUUAAAAUUUCCUUAUAUGUUGUUCUUUGUAUGCUAGCUUACCCUUUUUGUUGUUUCCAUGUGGUUGGACUGCAAUGAUCAUACUAUGUAUGGGAGCAGAGCAGGGAUAGGUGGUGCAUCUGUAGCUGGUUAGUGGAGCUGACUCCUUCUGGUGUUUUGUUUGUUUUAGUCACUUGGCAUAGUGGCUUUUGAUGUAAACCUUGUAUUGUACACCCUAACUCUAGUCAGACUCGGGACAUUUGUAUAUACUUAUAUUCUAAACUCUAUAUUUAUAUACUUUUUCUAUUCUGUCUAGCGUUUUCGGUGUGUUAUGGUUGUGGGAGUAGUGGCCAGCCGGGUCGUUACAGAAGAGAAUGGAGAUAACUAUGAUCCCAUAUAUUUGUCAGAUAUUGAAUCCGAUGAUGAAUGGAUCACCGAAAAGGAGAAUCCUUGCUUGCCUAUUGAUGCCUCAUGGAUGGAUGUACAUGAGUGCUUUGGUGUUGAUAAGGGAGCUCCAAAGAAGAAAAGAAAGAGAGGUCCAAGAAACUUGAAUGCCAAGAUUGGUAAGGGAAAAUCAAUAAUAGAAGAUGAGGAUGAAAUUGAAGAUAAUGAAGAAGAAGAACUUUUGAUAUUAGAAGAUGAAGAUGACUUGAGUGAUGUAGAUCUUGGGGUUGGGGAUGAUGAAUGAUCUUGGAUAGGGGCAUUUUGUAUAGAUUUUUUGAGGCCAUAUGACUGAAUUUGUGUGGCAGAAUUUGUGUGGCAGUAGCACCACUUGUUGCUGAGUUUAUGCUGCAACAACACUAAUAUUUUUUUUGGGUAGCUAUAUUGCUGAAUUAGAGUAGCAAACAGUCCCUGGUAUAUGCAUAUAUUUAGCAAUAACAAUGGUUUUUUUUGGAGGCUAUGUUGUUGAACUGUGCAGUCAUUUCUUUUGGCUUUGAGACUGUUUUUAUUUGUAUAAUUGUAUCUUUGUUUGU